GCACUGCGCCGCCCGCCGCCCGCCCGGUGCCCGCCCGGCGCCCAGCGACCCGGCCGCGGCUGCUCAGAGCGCGGCUGCGGCGGGCGCGGGCGGCGGCAGCUUCCUCCUGGCCGCCGUGGGACCUCGUCUGUUCAUCUUCGGAGGACUGGGACGCCGGCUCGCGGCCCGGUCGCCCCGGCGAUGAGGACGCUGAGGCCCUGCAAGGGAGCGUGAGCGCCCGGCCUCGGAUCGGAUCAGACCGGACGCCCGGCAGGCAGGUCGAGCUUUGUGGCAGGCCCAUGCUGUGACCCCGAGGCGCCGGGUCUGCAGACAACCAACAUGCCGUGGGACGCUCGGCCCGGGAGUGGCGGUGACGGUGGGCCGGAGGGCGCGAGCGCAGGGCGCUCACGAGCACAGAAGCAGUGCCGGAAGUCGUCGUUUGCCUUCUACCAGGCGGUGCGUGACUUGCUGCCCGUGUGGCUGCUCGAGGACAUGCGUGCCAGCGAGGCCUUCCACUGGGACGAGCGCGGGCGCGCGGCCUCCUUUUCGCCGUCGGAGGCGCUGCUUUAUGCACUCGUGCACGACCACCAGGCCUACGCGCACCACCUGCUGGCCACCUUCCCGCGCCGCGCACUCGCGCCGCCCAGCGCAGGCUUCCGCUGUUGCGCCGCGCCAGGGCCGCACGUGGCGCUGGCAGUGCGCUACAACCGCGUGGGCAUCCUGCGCCGCAUCCUGCGUACUGUGCGCGACUUUCCGGCUGACGAGCGUGCACGCCUGCUGGACCGGCGAGGAUGCAGCCGCGUGGAGGGCGGCGGGACGUCACUGCACGUGGCCUGCGAGCUGGCGCGGCCCGAGUGCCUCUUCCUGCUGCUGGGCCAUGGUGCCUCGCCCGGCCUGCGGGACAGUGGUGGCCUUACUCCGCUUGAGCUGCUGCUGCGGCAGCUGGGCCGCGAGGCACCGGGCCCUGGGACCUCUGCCGCUGGGGAGCCUCGCCAGCGCCGCCUGCUGCUGCUCGACCUGCUGGCGCUCUACACCCCUGCAGGCGCCGCUGGCCCAGCCCGCCGUGAGCUGCUGGGCGAUAGGCCGCGCUGGCAGCGGCUGCUGGGUGAGGACAAGUUCCAGUGGUUGGCGGGGCUGGCGCCACCCUCCCUCUUUGCGCGUGCCAUGCAGGUGCUGGUCACCGCCAUCUCGCCCGGCCGCUUCCCUGAGGCCCUGGAUGAGCUGCCGCUGCCACCCUUCCUGCAGCCAUUGGACCUCACGGGCAAGGGCUAGGCCCAGAUGUGCUGGGUGCAGACUGGUUUCGAGUGCUGUACGUAGCACUUUACAUAUAUCCGUCUCUGCAGAGGAA